GGGCUCAGCGGCGCAGCGCUCUCCCUCGCAUGCCCUCCUCAUGUUGCUGAGGGUGUGUAGAGCGCUGGGCGGGGCCUCCUCUUCCACCGACUGCGAGCUGCAGCCCGGGGCAGCCAGAGCCUGGGAAGGAGGGGGAGAGCAACAGGAGAGCCGGGAGCAGCAUCCGGGAAGCGGGGGUCACUCACACAACAGGUAGCAAGGAGCCCUUCUUUGGAGCCAUGGGCUUAGAGAAAGAGAAAGCCGAUGCCCGGAUAUUCAUGGAUGAGGAUGACUUCAAUCGUUCCUCCGUGCCAAUGCUGACGGAGAAAAACAUUGAUAAUUCCCCAAACCGAGACCCUCACAGACUGAACAGUCACCUGAAGAUAGCUUUUGAAGAUGUGAUCGGGGAGCCUCCGACAACUUACAGCUUCGAUAAAGUUUGGAUCUGCAGCACUGCGCUCUUCGAGAUCAGUAAAUACGUGAUCUACAAGAUCCUCACCCUGGUCCUGGCCAUUCCUCUGGCCUUUAUAGCGGGGCUGCUCUUUGCGAUCCUCAGCUGCCUUCACAUAUGGAUUGUGAUGCCAUUUGUGAAGACCUGGCUAAUGGUACUGCCAUCUGUGAAAGCAAUAUGGAAGGGCGUGACAGACAAUCUUGUUGCGCCUUUGUUUUCCAGCAUGGGACGGUGUUUUUCUUCAGUUAGUGUUCAACUGGAUCAUAAUUAGGCACAAGUCCAAAUCCUCUUCUGAACGCAUCAAAAACAUGGGGAACAACGUUGCAGCUGGACUGAUGGAACACAUUCUAACACUGUACAUGUACUUUCCGGAUAAAACCUCAGUCUUAAUGCAGAAAUGUGCAAAAAAGAAAUGUUCAAUUCUAAUCAUAGCCAACUCACAUUCUCUUAAGAGUUGGAUAUGGGUGGUAUACAUCAGUUCCAAUCAAACCUUUUCAGUAGAAGUCUGCUCCUGACACAUAGGAGAAGUAUAUUCAAUACACUGGACCCAACAAACACUGCCAGUAUAUAUCACCUUACACCAAGCUUGUUAUUACUAAAACAUGAAUAGCAAACAUAUAUAAAGCAUGUGUUGGCAAAUGGAUCCUUAGAGGAACAGUCAUGGUUGUUACUUUAUGUUAAACCUGACUGUGCCCCCAGUCUCCCAAUGCUCUGCAGAGUGUUUAUAUGUGAAAGAUUCUGCAGCAGCUGGAGGGCCGCAGGUUAGACGCCCCUGAUCUAGAGAGACACACGCAUGGUGAUGGAACCUAAGAGAGAUAGUAAAGCAAGGGGCUUGAUUUAUAUUCAGUUACAGUGAGAUAAGAUUUAUUUUGGAAUAAGAGUAAUUUAUUUUGCCUACUUCCACACUGACCGAACAAAGUUGGGGACAUAGCGAAACACACAAUGAAUUCUACUGUCACUGACAGCUUCGCAUCCUGUAUCCUGGGAUGUUCCCAGGAUACAUUGCUUGGCCACCUCAAACCCAAAAUGAUUAAAAUCACCAAAAUUACACAAAUAAUACUAUUCCUGUAUAUAGCAUAUUUGAAGUAUUGUUAUUUCUAGAUGUGGGGAAGCCGGCCAGUGGCACGACAUGAGCCAAGUCGGCUCAUCCGCAACAUAAGGAAUUGCAAUGUAGUAUGCGGAUGGUGCACACUCCUAAACUCUGAUGAGCUGGGCCAAACCAGGAGCCAAUAUAGGAGAAUAUAUCUUCUUUAAAACACAUAUGACAUAUACAGUAUAUAUAUAUAUAUAAAUAUAGAACUGAUUCUUUAUAAUAAAGUAUUUUACUGUAUUUUAGCCUCCAAUGCACUGAAAUAUAAUGCUUCUUUGUACAUUUAAAUAAAUAGCUAUACAUUUUUCA